ACCAAAAAUAACCGUCACAUUCAAUCUGCGCACCCUGAACCUAUCUAACCAUGAGGGUGCCUCAUCUGCCAGUGAUCGCUUCGAAACGGACGCCUCCGAAUCGCACGUUGUACAGUACAGUACACUUGAGCUGGAGUGAGUAGGGGCAGGCAGGUGUUGUGCUGGCAGGUCCAUCCCAGAAGUGCAGUUAUGGAGGAGCGUCACGCGCUUUGCCGUCUGGACAGACGGAUUCGGACACGCAGAUGGUCGCUCCCGUCUUCCCUUUUUCCAGACUACCGCUUUUUUCUCCUCACUCUCACUCAGACUAUUAUACCCACAUACCCAGAAAAAACCGCUCGCCAUGACGACCGAAUUGCAGAAGAGCAACGGUGAUCCCUCUUCUCCCUCACCAUCCUCGUCACAGCAACCAACAAUAAUAACAGCACAAACCCUCACCGAAAUAUACCACCUCCUCGCAACCCAUCUCCUCACAACCUGCUCCCACUUCCACACCUCUCACCCCAACAACCGCUACAUCGUAAGCAUUGCAGGGAUCCCGGGCUCCGGCAAAUCCACCCUUGCCGCCCACGUCGUCGCUCUCCUCAACUCCAAGCUCGCUGAACCAUCACACCCCCGAGAGGAUUCACCGCCAAGGGCAAUCCACCUCGGCAUGGACGGCUUCCACAUCCCCCUCGCUACACUCCCACCACAUCACCUACCCCGUCGCGGCGCACCACAUACAUAUGACCCCCAAGGUCUCAUCACCCUCCUCACCCAGCUCAAAAAUCAUGCAUCAGAAGAUAUCCCCGCACCGACGUUCAGCCACGCCCUCAAGGACCCCCUCCCCUCCGGCCUUCUCAUCAGACCCAAUGACAGAAUCAUCCUCGUUGAAGGCCUGUACCUCCACUCCACCAACCCGGACUGGUCUCCCAUAUGGGACCUAUGCGAUGAACACUGGUUUUUGGAUGUCGAGGAGGAGGUUGCGAGAAGGAGGGUUGUGAGCAGGCAUGUGGAAGCGGGGUUGGAGGAGACGCUGCAGGGGGCUGGGGAGAGGUGGUCUAAGAACGAUGGCGCGAAUGCGGCGUUUGUGGGGGAGACGAGGAGGAGGACUGGAUGUGAGGUCGAGGUUGUUUGGCGGGGGGAUGUGUGAGGAGGAGGUUGAGGAAGAGGAGGGGUGUUGAGACUGUGAGGGCAUUUACAGUACGUUAGGCGGUAGAGUUCACAGAAAAGGCUUAGACUUUUUCGUAGACGGGAUGUAUCUCAUUGUAUGGUAAUGAUAAUUACACGAGCGAGCAAUACAAGGUUCCAAC